AUGAGUCCGUCGAUCCGUAGGACUGGUGGGCUGGAUGCUGAGCGGUUGGUUACCCCGGCCCAUCGGAACUGGCCGGAGCUGACUGUGGCCGCGGCCGCCCCCGGGGCCGCCAGGAUGUGGAUGGCGGUGGUGAUCGUCUCCUUCGUGGCCUCGCCGCUGUCAGGGAGCCCGGCGUCCCCUGGAGCCGUGAGCCGGGGGGCCCCGCUGGCCUGGAUGCCCGGCGGGGGCGAGCGGCCCUGCCAGCGAGCGUGUCGGGGCCGAAGCGGGGGUCCGGCCCAGGCAGCGCCCGAGCUCCAGGGAAGGAACGACAACGGCCUGCUGCCCCCUGCUUUGGCCCGCAGCCGACGGGAGGCGCAGACGGGGACACCGAGGCCCGGCCCGCGGCCACCCACUAGGACUCCCGUUGCCGUGAGCCCUUCCGCUGAACUCUCCCCAGGAGCGGGGCAGGGGGCCACCCCUCCCGUUUCCUCACCCACAGCUGGGACCUCGGCCCGGCCUCCUUCCCAGCCCCGCCCCAGUGACGAGAUCUUCCUGACGCCCAAUGACACGGGGUCCACCAGCGUGGCACCAAACAGCUCAGAACCCACCAGUACGGUGCCUGGUCUGGUGCCCAGCACAGUGCCCAACCACACAGUACCAGACAGCUCAAUGUCCACCCUGUUGGCACCAAACGGCACAGUGCCCAAUCCCGUGCCACCAAACAGCACGACGUCCAGCCCAGUGGCACCGAACAGCACGGUGCUCGUCAGCGUGACGUCUAGCCACUUGGCAUCAAAUGGCCUGGCAUCCAGCCCCUUAGCACCAAGCAGCACAGCACCCACUGGUACGACAUCCCCUGCCAGCGUGACAUCCUCCUCCAGCCGGGCACCGAGUGGCCCAGCUUCCGGCAGCCCGCCUGCUACCCCCUGGCUUGGGAGCACCCGUCCCGGGUCCUCGCCGGGCCCCCCCGCUGAGACAAGCGGCGUCUCUAGUACGAGGGCAUCUGCCACUCCAGCCCAGGUGACCCCUGCGUUGACUCUGACCUCUCUCCCCUGGCUUCCGUCCCCCGGGCCCAGGACCCCCGCACUGGCCUCCCCCUCCUCCGCCAGCUCAGCGCCCGACCCAGGGACCACCCCAAAAGCUUCCCCCACCUCCACGGCGCCCGCGACCCCUGGCCCCCCACUCUCAGACGUCCCUUUCCUGGAGGCCCUGGGGCCCCCCCGGCAGGAAGCGGUGGACAAGAACCUGCUGGUGGGGCUGCUGCUGCUGGGGCUGGCCUUCCUGCUGGCCGCCCUGGUCCUGCUGGCCGUGCAGGCCUACGAGAGCUACGAGCGCAAGGACUACACGCAGGUGGACUACCUGAUAAACGGCAUGUACGCCGACUCCGAGCUGUGACCCGUGGCCCCCCCAAUGGAGCGCGCCCCGGACCACCCCGGGCCGGGCGGGGGAUGCCGUCGGGUAGGCCCGGUGGGGACAGUUCCCCUUGAUGGGCAUUUGCCUGUCCAGCCCCGCGGCCGCCCCCGCCGCUGCAGUGGCGUCCGAGCCUGCCCCCUACUCCCCGCUCGACCCGGAGCUCUGGGGAGAAGGGAGAAGGGGGACUGUCCGCCCUCCCCGGCUGCCUGCCCCCACCUGAGUGGUGUGAUCAAUUUUGAAUAAACACCCGGGUCUGGUCACCUGCUGGGUGAGCCCACCUGCCCAGCCCUCUCAGUCUAGACCUGUGCGGUGUCCCGGUGCCCGCCGGGGUCCAUCCUGGAUCGGCCAAAGGCCAGGAAUCCCUGCCACCCCCAGGGCGGUGGCAGCACCUGAGAUCCGAACAAAGUCCAGGGCUGAUCCCGGACAGGACAGGGUUCCCGCUAGCCGUUGGCACACCUGGGCCCCUUCUGCCACGCCCCUCCCAAUGUGUGCCCGGCCUCUGCACCACCCGCCUGUUCACUGGGGGCCAGCCCUAGCCUCCCUCCCACACAGCUCAGUGUGGCACCAGGAGGGCCCCGGGCCGCAGGGCCGACCGCUGCAGCCUCCCCCCCGCCUGCUGUUCUGCCUUGGUGAGGCCCAUCUUCCUGCUGGCACCAAAGCUGAACCGUGGUUGUGGGGCCCGGGGCCCUGGCCAUUCGAAGGUCCUGGCAUUUUGGGUGAGGGAGGAGAUGGUAUGGACAGCUCGGGUGUGGGGCCGGGGGGGGGCUUUGCCCCUGCUGGGUCCCAGGGUAAUAAAGUCUGAACCCA